GCUUGAAUAGUAGAUAUCGCUCCGACGCGCUUGUGGCUAUCGUUGUCUGAGACUGAUAGUGGCGAAUCGAUCAUGGCUUACAACAUUCCAGACGAGAACACACCCAAGCCGCCCGGACAGAUCCGGUCCUAUCCGCCUCCGACCUCGACGGGCAAAGUCGAGUUCACUAUACCAUCCACUGGUGAAAAAGGAACGACCAUAUAUCGGAUAUGGGGUCAACUGUCGCCAAGUGCUACACCAUUGAUCUGCCUUCAUGGCGGCCCUGGCAUGCUGCAUAACUACAUUCUCCCCAUCAGCCUCAUCGCCACCGACUAUGGCAUUCCUGUCAUAAUGUACGAUCAACUCGGCUGUGGCGAUAAUACUCAUCUCCAGCACCACAAGGGCGACACAUCGUUCUUCACGUUUGACCUGCACAUCGGCGAGCUCGAGAAUCUUAAACAGCAUCUCCAGAUCAAGAACUUCUAUCUCCUUGGUCAAUCAUGCGGCGGAAUGGAAGCCAUCCAAUACGCGGUCGACCACCAACCAGCCGGCUUACAAAAGCUCAUCGUGUCCAACUCGCCCGCUGCAAUGCCAACAUGGUCCAAAGUCUGCAAUGGACUUCGAGCUGCGCUUCCAAAAAGUGUCCAAGACGCAUUAGACAAGCAUGAGAAAGAAGGCACGACAGACUCCAAGGAGUAUGAAGAUGCUACGAUUGCAUUCUACAAGAGACAUCUGUGUCGCGUUGAUCCCUUCCCUCCGGAGAUCGAGGCAAGUCUUGCUGGCGUUGCGGAAGACAAUACUGUCUAUGCAACCAUGAAUGGACCUAGUGAGUUUACUGUCGUGGGCACAGUGAAGGACUGGGAUUACACGGAGAAAUUGAAGUUGAUUACAAGUGAGACUGUGCCAGGAGGCGUGCUUCUCAUCAAUGGGUAUUUUGAUGAGGCGCAGGAUGAGGUUGUUUGGCCUUAUUUCAACAAUAUUGCCGCGAGGACGAAAUGGGUUACUUUCCCGUUGAGCUCUCACACGCCGUUCUUGGAGGAGACUGAGUCGUAUAUGAAAGUGCUCGGAGACUUCUUGCAGGCAAAGUAGAUGAAGUCGAUGAACAUAUCUGCCAUCCAAACUUUCACAUGCAAUGUCCAGCUUGGCUAG